UUGGACUCAGAAGAAUGACAGCUCAAGCAUGAAGAGAGGAGCGAGAAAAGGGAACGAGAGAGAGAGUGAGAGAGAGAGGACCAGGGUUUAGGUUUGCAUGGAAAUGGAAAUAUGGUGGCAGAAAAGCAGAGUGGCCAGCGAAGGAAAACCAACCAAUAGAGAGUUAUGCUCCAUUGGUGUUUUAUGUUUUUCCUCCUCUUCCUCUUCUUCCUCUUCUCUUUUUGUUCACCUGCGUAUGUAUGCGUAUGUAUGUUGUGUUUGCUACAGCACUCUGCUGUUGUGUCCUACUUCUUCCUUCCCACGUUGCUUCUAUUAGUUCACACUUCUAUUAUUAAUUCAUCUACCCCUUCGAAUGGCAUUUCUGGUGCUGUGCGUCAUGCGUUUGCUUUCAAUCAAAACGCAGCACAAAGUAGAAUUUCUUUGCAGUAUUGAUUUCAUUGAAGCCACAGCUUGAAAGAUCAAUGGAAAACAAGACUGGGCAGGGACAAUCGCUAGUGUGUACGUUUGUAUGUGUGUGUGUUAACUUAACACUUAAAACCAUCUUAGUUGAAUGAAAAAAAUGCAUUUCUGGAUCGAUUUUGAUGUUGUCCUGUGCAAAUCUGUCCACUGAGCGCUAAUGAAAUGUAAAUCAAAGUAUGCCAUUUGGAGUUUUCUUGAAACACUAUCCACACAGCAAACAAAGAAACACAUUAAACGUGGAUGCCUGUGUGUGUGUAUGUCUGCUUGUGUGGCUGUGUGUGAGUGAGCUCACACCAGCAUGGUUUUUAUGCUUCCAAGUCCAGGCUCAAGCUGCACACACAGAAAAAAAAGGAUCUGUGGAAAGGGACAUGAAUGUCCUGUCUCGUUUGCGUAUGUGUGUGUGCGUGCGUAAACCGAGAAAAAGUGCGUGUAAAAUGUAAACAAAACCAUUAUACACACUGCACACAAAAUUCUGAGCCUACGACGUAAAAACAAAGCAUUUGGUGUUGCUCGCCCCGCGGCUCCCAUUUUGUGGCUACGCAAAGGGUGUGUUGUCGCUGCGUAAAAAAAAUCUGUGUCACUCUGCUAUAUUUCUAAUUUAAAAUUAAUUAUGUUUAUUAUUUUCCUCCAAAAGCUACUACUUGUUAGAAAGGUAGGAAAAAGAAGAAAAAGAGAGAUUCUAUAUUUUUGUUGGGAAAAGCGACAUCUAUACAUAUUGCCUCCAAGUGGGAGAAAUUUUCAACUAUUGCUCCAAAAACCUACCAAAGCGAAGCUGUUACAUUUUUUGAUAUUCCCUUCUGGGGUGUCGGUUCAACCUUAAAUAUUCUGGAACAAAUAGCUUGCAAUGUUUUCUGCAAUUAAAUCUAAGCCUAAAACAGAGGUUUUAAGUCCGCAAAAAAUGGUAAAUAUUAGAUGCUGAAUUGGCUCAUUACAUUCCAUUAAGAAUAAUAAAAUAAUCGAAGAAAUGUCCAAUCUCCAAACGAAAUCACCCCAAUAUUGCAGCAUGUGUACGCAUCAACACAUCAGCAUCAUGAACGAAUCAGCUGGUUUCGGGGGUACAAGAAGCGUAAAUAUUACGCGCUGAUGCUAUUUCUCUCUUUCUCCAUCUCUCUCUCGCUCGCUCUCGCUCGCUAACAUCGCAAACGCAACGCUCACACACACACGCGCGCGCUCCUUGCACGCACACACACACAUGUAUGUGUGUACAGGGCCCGUUGCAAAGGGUUCGUUAGCCGAGGGAAGAGGCAAAAGGGCUACAACAGAGCAGCAACGCGCAUUAAUUUCACUGAAAAAGUACUUUCUUGAUUCGAUAUCGCCCUUUCUGAUCUGUGUUCAAACAGAAUCUCUACCUCUCUCUCUCCUUCUUUCUUGUGAUUGCAGUAUAUCUCACUCACUCUCUCUCUUCUUUCUGGCCGUGCAUUUGCGCUACUCGCUAAUGUGCUUACUGUAGGGCAACCGUUUUGUAUGUAUUGGUUGGUUUUGACAGGCAAUUGGCUCGCUUCGGCAAGCAAGAGAGAAAGAGAGAGAGUGUGCGUGUGUGGAUGAGAAGGAGUGCUGCGCGAGAACAUCGCACUGUAGCAACGUGCAAGAGUAGGCUAGCGGUCUGGCGCGUGUCUCUUUUCCACUACCUCUCUCUAGCUCUGUCUCUCUUUUCCCCAAACCGCCGUUCGUCUGCGGUUGUCCUCAGCCUCUCUUCGUGUACGUCAAAGUGAAAACGAUUUCAAGACUUGUCGUCUCAGCAGUGUAGCAAAGUGGCAGCAGCAGCAAUCACAGAACACCCUCCAACAGAACAGAAAAGCAAUUAACAAAACUCUAAGCAAUAGAAAUUGCAUAUGGCAGUAGCACCAGCAAAAGCUGUGCGGAUGUAAUGUUGUUUUGGAAGUUUUCCAUUCCCGAAGUCCCGUUGCCAAAAGCAGUGUAGUUGCAUUGUUACGACAGUUGAGUUCGGUGCAUAGAACCUGGACCCGGGAGGACGACGGAACACCACCAACCUGCUUACUGGGGCUGCAUCGAAGUAGGUGCAGUGAAAAGUGAUUUCUUGGUCCACACAACAGACACACACACACACACACACACUCACUGACAGACACUGCAACACGGUGUGCUGCGAGGGGCCAGGAGCGGACUGGUACGGGGGCCGGAGGAAAGACGGCGGCCACAAGACGUUUCGGGAAGAAGGUGCCCGAGUGAAGUAGUAGUAGGCUGCGCGAAACCAUCACCAUUGUAUGUGUGUGUGCGUGCGGAGACGAGCAAAGUGUGUGCUGGGAAGUGGAAUCCUUCGCACCAGUCGUGGUUUAGAUUACUUUUCCUUUUUUGAGUUUGAAUGGUGCCCGCGAUAGAAACUCAAAAUUGAUUGCCUUCGGAAACCGAUUGGCGGCGGCUCUUCGGCAAGGUCCUGCUCGUCCUCGUCGUCGGACGAAGACCUCAAUGAACGACCACCACCACCGUCAGCAGCAGCAGCAGCAGCGCAGCGGAGGAAGUACUCGUACCAGCCGACGCAGCAAGACUUGCCCUCGCCGCCGGUCGACAGUAUCGGGCUUGUCGUCGCUGUCGUAGACGGUCCGCAGGAGCAGCAGCAGCAGCAGCAACGCACAGUCGGCAGGGGUUUCGCGGUGGCCGCCGAACAGCCGCAGGAGCAUCAGCAGCGACCAGCACUUGCAGCCGAGGAGGACGAGGAGCAGCAAGGCGAGGAACGGCAGCUAGCGGCUCCGCACGCCCAUCGUUCUCGCCCGGCUGUGGCCGAACGGGAGAAGGAGGAACGGGAGGGCGACGACGGUCGUCGUCCUGCUGCUGCUGUCGCCACCCCCACAGCUAGUCGUCGCCGGUCGCGCGCCGUCCUCGUGCCAGCUGCCGGCGGAAGUGGGGGCCGAAGCGGAGAAGGCGGUAGUGAGGAAGGUGCCGGCAGUAGUAGUAGUAGUAGUAGUGUCGGAGGAUCGAAGCGUCGCAGCACCAGAGCGUCCGCAGCGCAGCGUCACAGCAGUAGCGUCACAGCAGCGGCGGCUCCCGUGGACAGUGGUGAGGCAGUGCACCGUCAGCCCGACGAUACUGGCACGGUGAGCCGGCCAGCACGCUCGUCGUCCUCAGCUCCAGCCACUUCGAGCUCGUCCGGCGGCGCUGCGCCGACGUCGUUGCUGCGUCAGCACGGCUCGGGUGGUACGAGCGGCGGCCAUUCACUUCACCAGCAACCUAAUCGGUCCGCACGCGCGUUAGACACUGCCACCGAUAGCAACAAAGACUCGGUGCAUCGCGCAGCCGGCGACCAAGGCGACGACGACGACGACGACGAAGAAGACGGGGAGAAACCGGCGACAGAACAGCACGGUGCAGUAGUGGAGGAGGCGGGCAACCGUUACUCUAUCGCUGUGAGUAGCGAGCAACAGCAGCAGCAGCGUAGUGACGACGACGACAACAACGACUGCAGUCCACGCUCGAAGCGCCGUCGAAAGAUGCUGAACGAUAACGUCGGCAGUGGUGGUGGUGGUGGUGGUGGUAAUCAGAACGGGGCGGCACCGGGUGGAGGCACCCCCGCCUCAACCGCUUCCCCGAUGGACGCAUCAAACUGUGAUCAAAAUGGUCACACCGUGGCCAACAGCAGCAGCAGCAGCAGCAGCAGUAGUAAUAGUAAUAAUGCCACCGUUAGCAAUAGCAACAACAACCCGGCCGAGAACGAUAACGGCAUGGGCAACAGCAGCAACGGACUGACCACGAACGGUGAGGCCGGUGGCGGCGGCGGUGGCUCAUCGCGCCCAUCGCCCGCCCACCGCACGGUGAAGCUGGACCGCACCAACCAGGACAUCGUGCGGCUGAUCGGGCAGCACCUGAAGGACAUUGGGCUGGAGCGCAGCGCCGAGAUGCUGAUGCAGGAGGCGGGCUGCUGCCUGGAGCAUCCGGCCGCGUCCAAGUUCCGCAUCCACGUGCUGUCCGGCGACUGGAACAAGGCCGACCACGACCUGCAGGAGCUCCAGUCGCUGGUGGACAUCCGGAGCGACCGGGCCAGCCUGAACGAGAUGAAGUUUCUGCUGCUCGAGCAGAAGUACCUCGAGUAUCUGGAGGAGGGCCGCCCGAUCGAUGCGCUGCACGUGCUGCGCAACGAGCUGACGCCGCUGCAGCACAAGACGCCCCGCGUCCACCAGCUGUCCUCGUACAUGAUGUGCACGAACAAUGCGGAGCUGUACGCGCGGGCCGGCUGGGAGGGCAAGGGGCCGAAGUCGCGCACCCGGCUGAUGGACAGGCUGCAGUCGUACCUGCCGGCGACGGUGAUGCUGCCCCCGCGGCGGCUCCGCUCCCUGCUGGUGCAGGCGGUGGAGCUGCAGAACGACCGCUGCCAGUGCCACGACAUGACGUGGAGCACCAGCAUCGACAGCGUGUCCCUGCUCGUCGACCACAACUGCAGUGCGGACGGGUUCCCGCUCCAGCCGCUGCAGGUACUGAACGACCACUCGGACGAGGUGUGGUUCUGCAAGUUCUCGCCCGACGGGCGCCGGCUAGCGACGGGCUCGAAGGACAACAGCGUGAUCGUGUGGGAGGUCGAUCCGGUGAAGCUGCUGCUGCGCAACAAGCGCUCCUUCGAGGGGCACACGUACGGCGUGUCGUACAUUGCCUGGAGCCCGGACUCGAAGCACUUCAUUGCGUGCGGGCCGGACGACUGCCCGGACCUGUGGAUCUGGGACGUGGAGCAGGAAAAGCUGGUGACCAAGUUUUCCCACUCGACCGACGACAGCCUCACCUGUGCGGCGUUCAACCGGGACGGCACGCGGUUCGUGACCGGCGGCACCCGCGGCCAAUUCUAUCUGGUCGAUCUCGACGGCAUCCUGCACGACAACUGGGAGGGGGUGCGCGUCAACGGGCUGUCCUUCCUGUCCGACAACAAGACGGUGCUGGCGGCCGACACGCACUACCGGAUACGGGGGUACAGCUUCGACAAUCCACGCACCGACUACGGCAUCGUGCAGGAGCAGUGCCCGAUCAUGACGUUCUCGGUGAACUCGGCCGACCGGCUCGCCCUGCUCAACAUCUCCUCCCAGGGGCUGCACCUGUGGGACCUGCAGGACAAGUGUCUGGUGCGCCGGUUCCAGGGCGUCACGCAGGGCAACUACACGAUCUACUCGUGCUUCGGCGGCGUGAACGAAAGCUUCGUCGCGAGCGGCAGCGAAGACAACAAGGUGUACAUCUGGCACAUCCGCCGGGAGGAACCGCUGGCGACGCUGAUCGGGCACACGCGCACGGUCAACUGUGUCAGCUGGAACCCGGUCUACCCGGCGCUGCUGGCGUCCGCGUCCGACGAUGGGACGGUGCGUAUCUGGGGCCCCCAGCAACCGCCGACCCAGUGGACGGCGAACGGUAGCGGUGUGGCCAACACGCUCCAGCACCAUCCGCAGGUGCACACGAACGGUAGCGGUGGUGGUGUGGGUGGUGCCGCCGACAGUGCCUCGAUCAGCUCGACCGGUUCCGCCACCUCGACGUCCUCCUCCACCUCAUCCUCAAGCGGUGGCGGUGGUGGUGGUGGCGGUUCUGGCCAUCCGCCCAACGUAGGAGGAGGAGCCGGAGGACCCGGUGGCAGUAUCGAAGUGCUAUCGACAUCGUCCUGGAAUAUCACAUAAUGUUAGAUAUUUAAUGAACCCCAAUCACCCCCCCCUCCCAGGUCUCAAGAGCGUUUAGCGUUUAAGGAACGAAGAACGGUUGUCCACCAUCGCCCCACACACCGCCUGCUGCACCCACAAAGCCGCCAUCAUGCAGCAACAAUGAGAAGCGCUUGUGUUCCCGCGUGUGUGUGUGUGUGUAUGUGGUGCGUGUGAUUCAUUACAUUGCUACUGCUGCUGCUGUUGCGCUUCUCGGUCGCCUGCAUCGGUCACCAUGUGCACGUUGUUGUUACUGGGCGCGUGAAAGGCGCCAACUGUAAACAGGAAAGGAAGGAACGGUGGUGGUGGUAGUGGUGCAAUAAAGCGCUUAGAUCGACGAUCAAAGACGGCUGCUGCUGCCUGCCUUCCUUGCAUUCGUUAAAGGUCGGCAGUUUCAAAUUCGAUAGGGGCAAUAGUGUGUGUGUGUGUGUGUGCGUAUUGUAAGUGGCGCGAAAUGGAAAACAUACCACAGAAUGUAUGAAGCUUAGAACCACACCAUACACACGAGAAACAAAACACAAAAACCUUAGACAUUAAACGGUAGUUUUAAUAAUCGAACGAAUAUAAGAAAAAGCUUGCAGAGGAGGGAAGAGAUAACAGAACACGAAACCAUAUAAUCGCAAUAGUAAAGGAUAGCGGCACUGUGUGUGUAAGAAGAGGUUAAUGAAAUGCAAGUUGAUGUUGAACAAAAAAAAAAUAAUACAACCGAACGAGAAAGAGAGAGAGAGAGCGAAAGAUGUGUUAAGCGUUAAGAGAGCGUUUCUCUAUAACCACACCGAUAGACGAUUGUAAAACUUUGUAAUGCGCUAGAGAGUGAGAAGCAAUCCCGAUCGAUUCGCACACCCAUAGCAAAUAAGGCAGACAUAUGAUUCAAAAACUUCUCAGCAGAGAAGCAUAUUGGAACGAAUGAAGAAAGAUCUAAAAACCCGAAUAUACUAAGUGAACGAUGGAAACAGUUUGUUUGUGAGCGCUGGGGCGGGCGUGUUGAAUGUUUCAUUCGAUUCGAUCUGCAUCGAAGCAAGCAAUGGAUGAUGAGAACCGGGGCUGUCAUCAUUGUCAUCAUCGUCACCGGCAGCAGCAGUAGCAGUAGCAGCAGCAACAUCAGCGGAGCAUCAUUUGGUUUAUUAGCGAUUGGCUUAGAUUAAUUAUGUAAGGUAAAAAACACAAAACUGUGUCCGCGAUUAUUCGAUGCUAGAUACCACCGCCGCCAGAAUGAACGCCGCGUUUAAUAAAGCAGGAGAAAAUUGCACCGCACGAAAGGGGGGAUGGAAGCAGGCGAAAGCAACGUGAAUAUUUAAGUAGCAAGAGGCAAGUGGGCGCGUGUGUGCAUUGCGCUGUGCAGUUGUCUGCCCGGGAAGAAGGUAAGAAGAUACGGCACAAAUGGUACGCGAGACAACACCGUUUUGUAGAAUGGUUUAGCAUGCAUGCAACGGUUUUUUUAAUGUUUAGAAGGCUGAAGCGAAGAAGCAGAAGGGAUCCUCCUUAUCUGGUUAAGCAAAAACGAAGGAAACCCUUGCUAGAACACGUUACAAAAACAACAAAAAAACAAAUUAAAUUAUACAUUGUGACUUACACAAAACAAAUGCGGCUGAGAUUGUGUUUUAAGUGUCGUUCUUUUACAUUAUACCGUGCAGCAGAAGAUAAAAAAAAUUGGUCCAAUUCGUGUUUUUUUCCUUCUUUUUCAUCCCAGCCGGUUUGUUGCUACUAACUGAAUGAGGUAAAAUAAAAACGAACGUGCGAAUCAGA